AUGAUGGCCGUACUUCCUGGAGAAAAUCCGAUCGCCGUACUUCCGGUGGAUAAACAGAUGGGUAUACCGCCGCUGAAUACUCUGCCGGUGGGAUACCGUUUCCGGCCGACAGAUGAGGAGUUAGUGAAUCAUUAUCUGAGGUUGAAGAUAAACGGUGCUGAUAGUCAGGUCAGCGUUAUUCGAGAAGUUGAUAUCUGUAAACUCGAGCCUUGGGACUUACCUGAUUUGUCUGUGGUAGAGUCACAUGACAACGAGUGGUUCUUCUUCUGCCCAAAGGAUCGUAAGUAUCAAAAUGGGCAGCGACUGAACCGAGCAACAGAACGAGGCUACUGGAAAGCCACUGGUAAAGAUAGGAACAUUGUUACUAAGAAGGGCGCAAAAAUUGGGAUGAAGAAGACCUUGGUAUACUACAUUGGUCGAGCUCCUGAAGGCAAGAGGACUCAUUGGGUGAUUCAUGAAUAUCGUGCAACUGAAAAGUCAUUGGAUGGAUCACACCCUGGCCAGGGUGCCUUUGUGCUUUGUCGUCUGUUUAGGAAGAAUGAUUUGAAGCAGGAUGAGCAUGUUGAAAAUUCCAAUUUAGAUGCUGAACAGAAUGCUUCAGUUGACAAAUCACCUGCUGAAGAUGAAUUAUCAGAGGCAGCCACUCCAUUAAUGGUCAUACAACCUUUAAGUGAUUGUGAUAAAAGCUAUGCUGCAAAGUUUUCCAAAGGCGAGAUGUAUGGCAAACAAAUACCCAUUGAGAGUCACAGCAACAGCUGUAUUGCUGAUGAUACUGAAGAUCAAAUGUUGGACAUAACAUCCAUACCGCCGGUUCAAGAUCUAGAAAAGGAGUUGGGAAAUUUUUAUGACCCGUCAUCACAGCCAGAUUGGAAGAUCUUCUCCCCAUUGCACUCACAGAUGCAGGUGGAGCUUGGAUCGUCUUAUUUGCAAGCCCCCUUUAAUAAUGACAUCUGUGGUUAUCAAAAAGAUGUCCAGUUUCCGUAUGGAACAAAUGCUCUUGAGAUUAAUGACUUUUUGAACUCGAUACUCGUCAACUCAGAUGAGCUCUCAUGUGAAGAUUCUGGACAAGAAUUGGCUUCACAUCAUAUUGACACAAAAAAUUACAGCAUAACUGGCCCGAUGAUUAAGGACUCUGGAUCAUGUAGUGAGUCAGAAGCAGAAGUUACCCAAGGGCAGGUUGAUCCAGGCUUCUUUGAUCCUGAGGUGCUGUGGGACAAUUUUGAUCGAGAGGCUGCAGUUAAGAGAGAGGUUAAUUCCCUUGAACAUACAGUGCUAAAGGCGCGUAGUCCACUAGGUCCAUCUUAUGAUGGCAAUGAUUAUGCUGUAGGAAAUCUAGGUUUCUUUCAAAAUACCUACCCUGGACAUUAUGGUUAUCCUGCUAGUAUUGGUGGAAGUCAGGUCCCGAACUUCCUAAAAGUAGAACAGUCCGGUGUUCGCAAUAAUGUAGUAAGCACUGAAUCUGGCUCAGGAACUGGAAUAAAACUCAGGACCAGGCAAAUGCAUAAUCAACCUGAUGACACGCAGUCUAGACCACAAGGAACUGCUCACAGAAGAAUACGUUUAGGAGUGAAAAUGCAAGUUGGGCCAGUUGAGUGUCGCAUGCGCUCUGUUUCUAGUCAGGGGGCAGAAAUUCAUCAAGCAGUGGCUGAGGGUGAGAAAGCCUGUGAUGAACAUAGUUCUACCACCAGUGAUAAUACAACACAUAAAGAUCUUGAGGGAGUUGUUGGGGAAACUGAUGAAUUGAGCACUCGAGUGAAAGAUGCAGAUGAUUCUCCAGUUCAAGAAAGUCUUGAUGUGUCUUUGAAGACCGCUACAAAGCUCUCAAGUUCAUCACACGUUUACAUGUCCAAGGUUCUUGUGGUUGCAAGUCUGCUUGUGGUCUUUAUUGGUGUUUGGGGUUGCUUUAGACUGUGUGUGUAG